CUUUCUGAUUUAGUGACGUGCAAUAGUCGAUAGUUAUAGGUUAUCACAUGGUUUGUCUGGUAUCAGGCCAGGUAUCAUGCCCCCAAGUGUCAAUAUCAGCCCGAGACCGAUUUAACAUUUAAAAAAAUGAUCAAAACACAAUUUUCACAUAUUUGACGUGAUUUGGACAUUUGUCUUUGCCUAUAUUGGAAAUUUACCCGCUACCCCAAUAUACUGCAGGGUUUAAGGGGACCUAUGAUGCUUUUUCUACUUUUCUGACCUAUUAAUGUAUUCUGGUGUUAAACCAAGGCAAAAUUUCAGACAAUGACGUUUGUGCAUUUGGAAGUGAGCCCUGAAAGAAGAUGGCUCAAAACGCUCCUUUCAAAAGGCAAGGCAAAACUGUUCCUUUGUGACGUCACAGGGGCGGACUUACUUAUAUAUAAACUCUCCGCCCUCCCCCAAGCUCUGCUUUGCCGUUUACUUAAGAUAUGCCUAAGAUUAAGAUAUGCCUUUAUUCGUCCCUCAGUGGGGAAAUUUGUGUUUACUUGCCAGCAAAGCCACAUUUGUUUCCAAUUCCUAAAGACGCCCCCCAUCAGCCACAAGUGGUUGGAGUUCCUGAUUCCCUACCAGCUAAAGAAUAGCUGGAAUAGCCCCCAAACUUGCUGAAGCCCUGUAAUGUGCCUUUCCAACGUUACUUGGUGGUGUGGAAGAGUCAGAAGAGCCAGCAACGUCCAACAGAUGAUUGGCUGUGAAGAAGAACCCCCACCUCAGCUGGAGGGGGGCGGCUCCACUUUGAAGAAGGAAGAUCCCCAGUCUUUCCACGUGAAAGAGGAAGAGGAGGAACUGUGGAUCACUCAGGAGGAAGCGUGCCUUCUCGAACGGGAGGGGGCUGAUCUCACCAAGUUGCCGCUGACUGUUGUCUCUGUGAAGAUAGAAGACGAUAAAGACACACCACAAGCUGAUAGCCUCUUAGCGUCAUUAUCAGAUAGCGAGCACACAACGUCACUCUCUCCCGAGGAUGAAGAAGCUUUGAGCAGCGAUCCAGAGUGUGAAGGCGAUACAAGGACAUGUGCUGACGACAAACACUCUAAAUGCUCCAAAAAGAAAACGGGUCAUAAACUGAGCUGCUCGGUUUGUGCUAAAAGCUUUUCUAUUCAAAGGGAUUUUGAUGGACACAUGAGAACACACACAAGAGAAAAAGCCUUUAGUUGUUCAAAGUGUGAUAAAAGUUUUGUUAAAAGAGCAAACAUGCUGUCGCACAUGAGAACACACACAGGAGAAAAACCCUUUAGGUGUUCAAUUUGUGGUAAAGGAUUUACUCAUAAUUGUAACAUGGAAUCACACAAGAGAACACACACAGAAGAAAAAGCCUUUAGUUGUCCAAUUUGUGAUAAAAGAUUCUCUCAAAAGGUAACAAUCAUAUCACACAUGAGAACACACACAGGAGAGAAACCCUUCAGUUGUUCAGUGUGUGGAAAACAAUUCACUCAAAAUUGUAAUAGGGAAUCACAUAUGAGAACACACACAGGAGAAAAACCCUUUAGUUGCUCAGUUUGCGGGAAAAGAUUCACACAAAAUGGUCAUAUGGAAUCACACAUGAGAACACACACAGGUGAAAAACCUUUUCAGUGCUCAGUUUGUGGUCAGAAAUUCACACGGAAAGAGAAUAUAGCAUCCCACAUGCGAACACACACAGGAGAAAAACCCUUUAGUUGUUCAAUUUGUGGCAAAAGAUUCACCCAAAAUGUACAUAUGGAAUCACACGUGAGAACACACACAGAGCAAAAACCUUUUCAAUGCUCAGUUUGUGAUCAAAGAUUUAGCCGCAAAGAAAAUAUAGCAUCACACAUGAGAACACAUACAGGAGAAAAACCUUUUUGUUGUUCAGUUUGUAGUAAACGAUUCUCUCAAAAUGUACAUAUGGAAUUACACAUGAGAACACACACACAAGAAAAACCUUUUCAAUGCUCAGUUUGUGCCAAAAGAUUCACUCAAAAAGUAAGUAUGGCAUCACACAUGAGAGCACACACAGGAGAAAAACCUUUUAGUUGUUCAGUUUGUGGUAAAAAUUAUUCUCAUAAGAAAAGUUUGACAGUACACAUGUGGACACACAACGGAGAAUAAACACUUUCCCCACCAGUUAGGGUUUUUAAAAACUUUGUCAAAUCAUAGAAUUGAUCUUGUGUUUCCAUUACUCUUGCUGCUGUCUUUAGAGCAGUCACUAUAUGUACCAGUAAAGAAUGUCAAUGAAUAAGUAUUGUGUAUUGUAAUGACGCUUUUGUACUUUUCAUCUUCUGUAUUCAUUGCCAAGAUUGUGGAAUAGGAGGAUAUUCUGCCUUACAAAUGAUUACUGUAUUGGAAUACAGUAAACCAUUAGUAAGGCAGUAUGAAAUAAGUAGAUCUAGGUCAUAUUUAUACUGUAACGUGCAAUAAUUUCUGAGUGAAUGGUGUUGCUAAUAUGUGUUCCAUAUGUGUCUGUCACUGGGACAUCAUGUGGACUGGUGCAUGUCUCCACUGUCCUCGUUAUCAUCCAUCCAGUGGGAGUGCAGGGAUGAUCUCCACUGCCCUUUUCAAUGAAAAUACUCUUUCUCGUGACGUCGACACGAAAGACCUCCACCAAAAGACUUUGUAAAGAACACAAAUAUCAUAGUUUUAAACUACUAAAGAUGAUCAUGAUGGAGGAUGGACCUGCAGGAUAGUCACCAGUAUGUCGUACAACCAUGGAACAUCAUUAAUGGCCUCCAGAUCUCCUCCUCUGGCUUCCUGCACCUCAUCAUUAUUUCACCUGCGCUCCAGCAUGAUACAGUGCAGGAUGCUUGGACCUUGAUAUACUGCAUCAUAUACAUACGUUCUAUAUGGCAUCAAAAAAUACAUAUUCAAACUUGUGUUAUUGCUGAUCAGAGUGUUGUACAAAUGAAGUAGCCAAAAAGUAAGAAAGGAAAUAUGAAUAUUACUACUCUUUAAUAUAUCAGGUUUAGCUGUGAGCUGGAGAUAAAUCUGCAGAAAGAGAACAUGUCUUCUCUCCCCAGUGAAACCUCCAUUUAAAAGAAUAAUAACUUUGCCUCUAUAUUGUCCAUUUUGUUUGUUUGCCUUCACUUUAGUUAUGUUACAGGUGUCAUUCUGUAAGGACGUUGGGGUAAACGUGAGACCUCGUGACACUACCAGGAAGUGUCAGGAAGACCAGACCGUCUGAAUUCACAAGGCUGUUUCACUGCUGGAGGAGGAGCCUCCGACCGUCUGGCCUUUGUAGACCGGGUAGGCUACUGGCCUGGGAGGAUGCAGACCCCGAACUCAGACACACCCUCUGUAUCCUUCUUGCUGCGCUCUCCUCCCACUGCGAAGCGUUAGGUGCUACUUGUUUUUUUUAUUUCAUGUACCCCCAAUGGCAAUUGACGUCCCCCACUUUGGGAACCACUGAUCCAAGUCAUCUCUCCAGGGUGGGCUGGGGGAGGCAGUCCGCAGUCCUUCAGAAGUCUCAAUUUGCCUGUUGAAUACCGGAUGGACCCAAGUGGAAAUGCUCUUCUUUCUACAAUGUAACAUUCAGAAAGUUUUAGAAAAUGCUGUGAAACUUCAUUAUUUGUUCGGUAAAUUAUUAAAUCCAGAGUGUAAAGCAAAUGUUCAC